CAAUAUAUACUGGGAACUGAACAACGCAGUCACGGGAAGCCUUAUAACUUAGCACAGAAUACAGAGGAAAAUUGUUGUGUCCGAAACCUGAAUAAACUGCCCUUGUUUUCUGAAAAGACCAGGUUACAUUUUCUGAAGAUGUUCUUCGAACACCGCGUUCUGAUUCUUUUAUGCCUGUUUAUGUAUUCAGUACAUGGCAAAGAUGGUUUCUUCAGUUAUGAUUCGUCUGCAACAACAGAGUGCUUGGUGGAGCCAUGGAAGCCUCACUACGGAGGAGGGAUCAUAUCAAACCCGGAAUUCAAUCUUGGCAUUUCAGGUUGGUCUGCCUUUGGACAUGGAGCAAUUGAACCGAGGGUGUCAAAAAUGGGGAACCGGUUUAUCGCUGUGAGGAACAGAAUGCAGCCUCAGGACAGUAUUUCCCAGAAAGUUCAGCUUGUCAAAGGAAAUCUCUAUACAUUCUCCGCUUGGGUUCAAGUCAGUUCCGGUAGCAAUGAGACAGUGGCGGUCGUUUUUCAAACUCAUGAUGGUAACUUCACGCGCGGAGGAUACACCGUAGCCAAGCACGGGUGCUGGUCUCUAAUAAAAGGAGGCAUAACUGCGAAUUACUCGGGUCCUGUCGAACUUCUCUUUGAGUGCGGAAACACUUCGGUCGAGAUUUGGGUCGAUAGCGUCUCGUUGCAGCCCUUCACGAAGCAGCAAUGGAUGUCACAGCAGGAUCUGAGAAUAGAAAAGGCUCGCAAGAGAAGAGUCAGGUUCCGUAUAGCCCAUGGCAACAGAACAGGACUAGAAGGUGCUAAAGUAUCCAUCAAGCAAGUCCGGGCAGGUUUCCCAUUCGGGUGUGGGAUGAACUACCACAUCCUCGAGAGCGAGGGCUACAGAGAAUGGUUCGCAUCAAGGUUUCCGGUCACAACCUUUACAAAUGAGAUGAAAUGGUACAGCACUGAGAAGCAGGAGGGUCAUGAGAACUACACGAUUCCCGACGCAAUGGUGAAGUUCGCCAAGGAACACAACAUCUCGAUCCGUGGCCACAAUAUCUUCUGGGACAACCCCAAGUACCAACCCGAGUGGGUCAAGAACCUAACCGGUGACAAACUCAGAGUAGCGGCAGAGCAGAGAAUAAACUCGGUCGUGUCAAGGUAUGCGGGGGACUUAAUCCACUGGGACUGUGUAAACGAGAAUCUGCACUUCCGAUUCUACGAGGACAACCUCGGUGAGAAUGCAACCGCAAUGUACUUCGGGAAGACCCACAGCCUCGACCCGAAGCCCAUAAUCUUCAUGAAUGAGUACAACACGAUUGAGUACAGCGACGACAAGGCUGCUGGGCCUGUGAACUUCAAGAAGAAGAUUGAGGAGAUCCUCUCUUUUCCCGGGAACAACGAAGGCCUCGAGGCGGGGAUCGGGGUGCAGGGGCAUUUUGGGUCGGGACAGCCCAACCUUGCCUACAUGAGGGCUUCUCUGGACAUCCUUGCAACAACUGGGCUGCCCAUUUGGCUCACAGAAGUUAGCGUUGCCAGAGACCCCAAUCAGACGGAAAACGUUCAGCAACAGGCCCAGCACUUGGAAGACGUGCUAAGGGAGGCCUAUGCUCACCCGGCGGUCCAAGGGAUCAUAAUGUUCGCAGGCCCGGCUGCAGCCGGUUUCAACGACACCACCCUUGUCGACCUCAGCUUUAACAACACUCCCAGUGGAGAUGUUGUCGACAAGCUCAUCAGGGAGUGGAAAUCAGACGUCCCGGGAGCUGGAACGGAUUCUGAGGGGUUCUUCGAGACGUCUCUUUUCUACGGCGAGUACGAGGUUUCUGUGACUCACCCACAUACUAAAAACUCCUACGCUUCUUCGAGGAUUGAUGUGGCUAAGGAGAAGGGGGAGGAGAACGAAGUUCUUGAAAAAACUUUCCAUCUAAUUAGGGAACCUGCUCGUGCUUCGUCGCAGGUACAAGAGUUCUCAAAAUAAUUUGUUAGAUAGAGGUGAUAUUAAGAAACUAUUAUUUUUAAUGCCCGCUUAUUUAUAUAAGUACAAUAUCUUGAAAUAAUAAACUCGGAAUGUUUAUGUGUCUUCUCGUA